AUGGGGCUUGAUUAUCUAUUUGUACAUGUCAAAUUCAACCUUCCACCGGCACUGGUGAUGACCGGUCUGUACUGGCCAUUCUUCACCCGACUAGACUUUUGCAGGAUUACCUUCUUAAUAUCGGUUGCGCUCAUAGCCACCACUCCAUGGGACUCGUAUCUCAUCCGUCACAAUGUCUGGACCUACCCGUCUACCGCAGUAAUAGGAAAGACAAUAUUCUCCGUCCCGGUUGAGGAAGUCUUCUUCUUUAUCAUUCAGACCUACAAUACCAGCCUGCUUUAUGUGAUCCUGACCAAGCGCUUCGUCCUGCCAAUGUACCUGCGAGAGGCGGGCACCAAGUUUUCGAUCCGGGUGCGCAAUUCAGGCAUGCUCGUCUUGGGUGUGAUGCUCGGUCUCGGUAUGGCGUGUACGUGGGUCAUCGCAUAUCAGUUUAUGGUUGCACUGCCUCGGAGAGAGAUCCUGCUGUCCAUCGGUAUCCCUACAUUGUACCUGUGGUAUGUGGAUCGGUUGUCACUGCAGCGUGGGACAUGGGUCAUUGAGAGCGGCACAAAGCUCGGAAUUCAACUAUGGGAUCACCUCGACGUAGAGGAGGCGCUCUUCUUCCUCCUCACAAACACCAUGAUCGUUCUGGGCCUUGUGGCGGUCGACCAUGCCGUUGCAAUUGCGCAGUACGAGAUUGCCAGUGGAUCUACGUCGUCGAGCGAAAUGCCGUCGUUUCAGAAACUGUUCUCCAUGUACAUGAUUGACAGACGCAUGGAGCACGACGAGCGUUUUCUGGAGUCCCUGGCCGAUGCUGUGCAGCGCGUCGCGUCUCGCAGCCAGAGUAUGUACAUGGGCAGCGCCAUGUUCCAGGGUCAAUUGCGGAUUGACCUGAUCUUCCUGUACUCCUUCUGUCGCAUCAUCGACGACCUGGUCGACGAAGCGCCAGACCGGGAGACUGCCCGUCGCUCCAUCCAAGAGUGUUCGCGUCUGCUCCAUCUCCGCUUCAACCAGGUCUCCCUAUCCGACAAAGAACCAGCAUCCACGGGAUCGCUGGUCUCCUCCAUCGAGCUGCUACCUGUCUCGCGCCUCUCCAUCCAACCGCUCCUCGGUCUCCUCCAAGGCAUGCGAACCGAUCUCACCUUCGACAGCGACAAGAACGUCCACCCGAUCGCGACCGAAGCCGACCUCGAGACCUACGCCUACCACGUCGCCGGCACCGUCGCCGCCUCCGUUUUCGAACUGAUCUUCAGCCACUACGGCUACCAAUCCGGCACCGAUCCCGCAUCCAGUCGCCAGAUCAUCGCCGCCGGCGAGCGCAUGGGCCAGGCCCUGCAAUACGUCAACAUCGCCCGCGACGUCGACCGCGACGCGCAGAUCGGCCGCGUCUACCUCCCCACAACCUGGCUAGGCGAAUUCGGCCUGACCCCCGCAGAUGUUCUCGCCGACCCGACGAACCCCGCCCUCGAUCACCUGAAGCGCCGGCUGCUAGAUAAAGCCGACGACUACUACCGCGACACGGUGGAUGCGAUCGACCGGCUGCCGAACGAGGUCCGGGGUCCGAUCAAGACCACGCUGCAGAGCUACAUGGGGAUCGGGCGCGCUAUCCGCGAGGGGCGAUACAGACACCGGGGGAAGAAGCUCAAGGUCCCUCUGUGGAGGCGCCUGGUGAUUGCUUAUUCGGCUAUGUCGUGA